AUGCCUGCCUCCACCAGAUCCAAAGAUCCCCAGCCUCCCAAGACUCAUAUUCUUGAUUUCUUCUACGACGAUGACGAUGGCUGCGCAUUCACAGCCCGCAUCAACGAUGAGUGCUUCCAUGUCAUCGUUGACCCAGAUAGAUUGAAGGGGAAAGGCGAAGCUAACGACGAUUUGCUUGCGGAGUACCGAGCAUGGUUAACAGCGGUUCGAGAGCACGACAAAGCUGAAGAGGGCGGGGACGAUAAUAAUGAUGGUGAAAGGACAAGCAACCGCAGCACAGAUCGUGACAGUGGCGUCGAUGUUAGCAAUGAUGACGGACACACUCACGAUAAGAAGAUCUCAGACAAGGUAUUAGCCGAACGCAACCCAGCACUCAAGCUGCAAAAUUGGAUAUUGCAACACUUCGCAAGCGAAGUCCCUCAACAACACGAUAGCGAUGACACAGAGGAAGCAGAUUCGCAGGAUUUGCAGAAAAAUUUACAGCAGUGGUACGAGACGCCAAUUCAUUACUACGAGGUCGAACCCGCGGAAGACGGGAAGAGUCUGAACCCAGUACAGCUGGAAGAGAGCGAGGAGCUUCGAAAGAAGGUCGACGAUCUCCAACCACAUGUAGCGCUUCCGAAGGCUCUGCGCUCACUGCCGAUACCCUGGGUGCAUCCGUCCUCCAUUACAGUGCUUGCCGAAUCGGAAGAUCCGCCACCAGUGCACCCCAGCCUCGUCUCGGCCGCGAUCAAAGACGGCGACAAGCAGAACUAUUUCUUCAAACAAGUCGACACCACCCAACCGCAAGCUACCAAGCGCGAGAUCGACCUACUGCACAAGAUCCAUAGCAAAGGUCUCUCCUCCCAAUUCAACGUCCCACGAAUCCACGCUCUCGUUAGCCACGGCAACUCGCACGUCGAGAUGAUGGGCUUCCUGCUCACCGCCAUCGACGAUCCCAUUCCACUUACGAAGCUCUUGGACAGCGAAGUCGACGAGUCGAAGCGCAAAAGAUGGGCUAAGGAGUCCCAGAGGAUCAUUGACCUGUUGCAUGAGAAUGGCAUUGUUUGGGGUGAUGCGAAGGCAGAUAACUUCUUGGUGGACAAGAAGAACGAAUUGUGGGUGAUUGACUUUGGUGGGAGCUAUACUGAGGGCUGGGUUGAUCCGGAGUUGAAUGAAACAGUGGAGGGGGAUAAUAUGGGCGUUGACAGGAUCGUCAAUGGGUUGUUGGAGCCGGAUGAGAUGACUUGUGAUCCGGAGGCUGGUCUUGAUGGGCCAGGGAAGGCGGAGGAUGAGGAUGAGGACCGCUCCACCGCCCCUCGAGAGCAACAAUCGCCUUCGCUAAACGGCGAUGCCUCGAGCACACACCUUGUAGAAGAGGAGGACUACACCAUCAAAUGCACAUGCAGCUCCGCUGAAGAUGACGGACGUACUGUCUACUGCGAGAAAUGCGACACCUGGCAACACAUCGAAUGCUAUUACCCCUCGAAGAAGGUACCGGACGAGCAUUUCUGCUCAGACUGCCUUGAAGAAGAGGGAACGGAGAAGAACGUGAAGGGCAGUGCUAGACGAAAGCGGUCAAGGGACGAGGCCGACGAUGCUAGCACGAGCGAGAGCGAAUCCAAGGAAAGGAACAAGCGUUCACGACAACCGUCUGCCCACCACUCCGAAUCCACUCACGCAACUACCGAACUAUCAUCCCAAGCAAACGCCAUCCAGUCCAAAAUGGUUCAAGCACGCUACCUAGCCGGCGCAGCCGGUGUAGUCGGUAUCACAACCGUUGCCGUCAUGCAGAUGGGCAUCGGCGCGCAAGACCGCCAGUACAAGAAGACGCUCAACUACAUGCACGAUGGCAGAGAGAAGAUCGCGGAGAAGAUGCGACAGGGCGCGAACAAUGUUGACCCGAAGGUCAAGUAG